GGGACCCGGCCUCCAGCUGACUGAGAACGAAUCGCACGCGGCGCCUCUGUUGCAGAGGGCACCUCCUGCGGCGCACACGUCCGUCUGAAGACCGCGUAUUAUGGUUUCAGAGCGGGGCAGUGUCUUGCUGGGUCCUGUGGCGUGCGCUCCGCGCGGUGACCUCUCCGGCAGUGCGCCCCCGCGCGACGAGACGACGGCGUGUCCGGCCACCGGCGACCUGUGGCGAGCACCGUUCGCCCCCACCGCCAGGAUGCACGUGGACACUAAACCGGUGGUGAGUCCGUUCAUGGAGGCCGGCCACGGCCCGGUGGGACUCAUGUUUGGCCCGAGUAUGUCGGCAGCAGAGGCCAGCAUGCAGAACCAGUAUCAGAACGGCUACGGCAUGGGCGUACCGGUCAGCCACCACGGCAUGCACGGCCACAUGGGCUCGUACGCGGCCAGGGACUUCUUCCUGCGGCGUGAUCACAUGGCCGGCUCUCUGGGAGCGCUGAGCGGCCACGACCUCCCUCAGCAGCACCACAGCGUGUUCGCGUCGUCGGGUCUGUCGCACCACGAUCCUGCCAUGGUGCUGCCGAGUCUGCACGAGCAGCAGCACGCGGCCAUGAACAGUCAGAUGCGGCUGGGCUCCAUGUACGGCGCCGAGCAGUUCCAGCAGCUCUCCGGCCAACAGUUUAACCACCACAUGAACUGGAACAUGGGCGCCAUGGCCGGCCCGCACGGCUGCUACCGCUACCUGCGCCAGCCGCUCAAACAGGAAAUGACCUGCAAGUGGAUCGACCCCGACCAGCCGUCGCCCAAGAAGGUGUGCAACAAGACGUUCCACAGCCUGCACGAGAUCGUCAACCACCUGACCGUGGACCACGUGGGCGGUCCCGAGUGCACCAACCACGCCUGCUGCUGGCAGAGCUGCUCCAGAAACGGACGCAGCUUCAAGGCCAAGUACAAGCUGGUCAACCACAUCCGGGUGCACACGGGGGAGAAGCCGUUCCCCUGCCCGUUCCCCGGCUGUGGCAAGGUGUUUGCGCGCUCCGAGAACCUCAAGAUCCACAAACGGACACAUACAGGAGAGAAGCCGUUCCGUUGCGAGUACGAGGGCUGCGACCGACGCUUCGCCAACAGCUCUGACCGCAAGAAGCACUCGCACGUUCACACCUCGGACAAGCCGUACAACUGCAAGGUGCGUGGCUGCGACAAGAGCUACACGCACCCGAGCUCUCUGCGCAAGCACAUGAAGGUGCACGGAAAGGACGUGAGCGGAUACGACUCCGACUCGGACUCGGAGCCGAACACGCCGGCGCUGCGUUCCCCGAGUUCGCUGACCUCACCCCCGGCGGCGGUGACCUCUCUGACCUCGAGUCUGCAGCAGACCAACCUGAACGAGUGGUACAUCUCUCAAAACGCCACCGGCAUGCCCACGCCGCCGAGCAACGAGCACUCACCGAUCGGCGCGCACGGCAGCGCGCCCGCGCCGUCGCACUUGCUACCGCCGAGUAGCACAGCGUAUUGACGGAUUCUGCACAAACGAGUGGUCUCUGUCGAUGUGCCGUCGUCUCAUCCGCGCCGUUGUUUUGUUCGAGAGAGCUAGCUAGCGUCUCAGGGCCCGGACGAUCGCUCAACGAUCGAGUCGUCGUCGUGAUGUCGUCGGAGAGUGGCUUCACCUGUCACAACUGACUGGAGAAGAGGCGAUCGGGCUGUCACGGAUGUCAUCUGCACCCGCGAGCUGUCACUGUCGGCCUGACAGCCGGUCACGCUCGUCAUGCACCAGUCACGAUGCCAGAUGUGUCUCUGCGAUGCCAGAUGCGGCCACACACCGCUGUGAAAGCGUGGAGGAAGGUUUGUCGAGUCCUUACUGUCACCGGCGUGGCACCGUCCGCGACUGCGCUGCACCUGUGCUCUGUUUUAUCUCACCGUGUCAUCUCGUUUGUUCGUGUUGAAUUUUGAUAUGCCUGACGACGAACCUGUUAUCAAACCCCGUGCAAUGACGGGCUUACGACUCGUGGCGCGCGAUCUGCACGUGUCACGGCGCCUCGCGGGCGCCGCAGGCCUGCUCUGACUAUCAAAAGGUGGAUAUAUUUUAUGUGCGUGUUGUGACAUGACUGAAGGUCGAUUCACGCGGCCGUUUCGUGAUGUAUAUUCUCAUCUUGCAUUGUUUGAUCUCAUGUGUUAUGAGUGGGCCGCCUUGCGUGGUUCGAGGCCCGCCGAGUGGUCGCUGCGUCCGUACUGUGUACAGAGACAUGUGUAAACAGUUCAAAGAACGUUGCCUCUGAAUAUGCUGUGUGUACAGUAGAUUUUAUAAUAAAUGUAUGUGACGAUUCUAAAA